UCAGUAUGUCUCCGGAAAGGAGGUGUUGAUUUCGGCAGUUGUAGUACUCGGUAGAACACUGUUAGUAAUAAAAGUUAGAGCAGUCUCGAGUAGCGAGAGGUUAGCCUGGUCGCUUGGACGUGACUUUAGGGCGGAUGGUUUAUUCGAUUAGGCAGAGUGCGGUGGGGCAAAAGUUUCUGAGGAACGCUGGGAAAAGUUGGUCAGUGACACAGUUUUAGAGUAAAUAUAGACGCAGCAGGACGUAGUUUGAUCUCGGAGAUUAAAUUACUACUGAUUCUGAAACUCAGGGAGUAGUACUGCAGCCUACCAGAGGACGGACAGCUUCUGCCUGCUGCUUGAAUUCGAGGUUAAACAGUUUGGGCAGAGUGAAUGGGGUGUUGGGAGUCACAUACAAGAGGAAAAACUGGAUGUUUCAUCUGCAUACAACGAUCCUUUUUUGUUGACUGGAUGUUACGCCUCCGUUUGCUCGGAUUUCUUACUUCUUUGUGGGGCAAAGUAGUUAAUGUACGUUGAGCACAACGAUCCAAACCCGGAUAAAACAGACUUGGACUUAAAACCAGCUGUGAAAAUAAAAGAACGGAAAGUGUAUCAGAAGAUGCGUUGUUAUGGGGAAAUUUCGGGCACGUUCCUAAUGGAAUGUUGUUGGGGUGGUUGAGGAGACGCAGAUUAGUGACAGGAGUAAUCUUAUCUGAUUGUGUGGAUAACCUGUUGGGAAGAAAAGCGGGACUAUAUUUUUCAGUAUUGCCGUUUCCGGAAAAUAAAACUUUUCCACCUUGGAAAAUUUUGGACGAUUGCCUAGAAUAGUCUGUUCAUGCGGAUCAGUGUUGAGUUUGGGUGGAGAUCGGGUUGUGCCGGCUAACAAACUGUAUGUGGAUCUAGUACUGAACCCGUCAGGCUGGUGUAUGGAGCAGCCUUAAGAUUAGCCGAGAUGGGAGGCUGCGUGGGGAGACAACGAGGAGAGUCACCCUCGGGGCAACGAGCGGACAGGAGGAGUCGCAAUUCGGGUGGUAACGCCCGCAAGAGAGCAGGUCGCAAUGAACCAUUGAAAAAAGAAAGGCCCAAGUGGAAGAGUGAGUACCCCAUGACUGAUGGACAGUUACGUAGUAAAAGGGAUGAAUUCUGGGAUACUGCACCAGCAUUUGAAGGACGUAAGGAAAUCUGGGAUGCACUGAAGGCUGCAGCUUAUGCAGUUGAAUCAAAUGAUCACGAAUUGGCACAGGCUAUUUUGGAUGGUGCCAAUGUUAUGCUGCCGUAUGGUUCAUUAACAGAAUGCUAUGAUGAAUUGGGGAACCGUUACCAGCUGCCGGUCUACUGUCUUGCACCUCCGGUAAACCUUAUUACAGAGAAUUGUGAUGAUGAUGGUACAGAUGCUCCAGAACUUCCUUCGAAUGUUAAACGGGAAUUUCAGCUCAAAGUGCGUCUCUCCACUGGAAAGGACGUGAAGCUGACUGUAAGCAUGGCUGAUACCAUUGGCCAGCUAAAGAAACAGCUUUUUGCUGAAGAAGGACUUGAACCAGCUUGGCAGCGCUGGUUCUUUUCUGGGAAGCUACUCACUGACAAAAUAAGAUUACAGGAAACAAAAAUCCAGAAAGAUUUUGUGAUUCAGGUGAUCAUAAAUCAACCAUCAUCCCCCAGCUAAGACUUUCAGAUGAUAUAGAAUAUUGCACAACUAUGCAUCAUUUGAGAUUUUGUAACCUUUCAUCUCAAGGAAGAUCCUAAGUGCAGAGUACUGCAAAUAAUGUCCUUUAAACUUUUCUGUUGACUCUCAUGUUGUAUUCAGUGCCUUUCUCCUUUCGGUGAUGCAAAUUAAUUUAUACAAGUAGUGCAGAUCUAGUUAAUGAUAGACUAGGUGAUGUCUGACAAUUCAUUGCUGACUUAGUUUUCAGUGGCUCUCUAGUUCCUGCAGAUUAAAGGGAUCUUGCCUUUGUAUGAAGACAGUGACUUUGGUUCAAGCUCAAGGAUGUGUGCUAGAGAGCUUUGUCAAUCUUGCAUUAAUUUCCCACAAUAAGAUGUUUGCGAGACUUGACUUGCAUUAAUCAAUCACUUUAUUAUAAAUUCCUUUCAAUGAAAAGGUAGUGAUUGACUCUCUUGGGGGGGGCUUUAUGUUGGGCUCCAUAUUUAUUUGCUGAAAUGGUUUCAUUGUCUUUCAUAUACCAUCUUAGAGCAAACUGUGCUUGGAAAAACGUGUAACGUCUGAGGAGUUUAAAAAAAAAAAAAACUGGAACAAAACCUAGAGCUCCUGGGUUUGCUAAGCGGCCACCAUACUUAAGUAAUUAGCUACAAGUAAUCCAUGCAUCCUAGAUAUGUGUGUAGGACUUGUCUUGUUGUGCACCUCUUUUUGUCUCUUUCAUCCAGGUUGCUACUUUUCAUGGAUGCUGUGGUAAGUUUUACACAUUUGUCCAUGCAUCCUGAUUGGAUAUUAUUUCCUUUAAAUCAGCUAAACAUACAUUUCUAAAUGUUUAUAGCCGUCAUUUGUGGUCCCCCCAAACCCGCCCAAAUUCAAGUAAAACUUGGUUUCUUUGUUGGGUUCAUUUGGAAAGUGAUGGUUAUGCCCUUUCCAAACAGAAUUUUCCUUCAGGGCCCUGAUUACCAGUAAAUUGGAGCUGCGGCUUAUUGUCUACCAUCCUGUUCUUUUGUUUAUGCUAAUAAUGUUCAGCCCAACAUGUUUGACGGUAUGUACUAAUAUUGUGUAGUUAUCUCCAGUACACACUUGUUAUGCUGCUAUGCAUCUUGACCUCUUUUAAAGCUGGAUGACAACUGCUAGAAUUGGUAGUAAAUUCUUUGGAUUAACUGGACAAUGGUAAGAGUGAACUCAUCUAUACUACUUGAGUCCUUGUCCUACAGAGGUCCUAUGUGAUGUCUUUUUGUCCCAUACAAGAAUAUGCGCAAGUCCUACAGUGUCCUCUGGCAGUACAGUAAAAUGCAUAUAAGAUUAUAUAGCAAUAAAUACGUUUGCAGCGACUAUUUGGAAAAUCAGCCAUUUGCCCUGAGAGGAAAACAAACUUGAUUGUAAUCGAUAGGCAUUUAUUUGCACUGUUUUUGCUGAUGUUUUUGCACUGUUUCGUGACUUUAUCUUUGAAUUUCAGUCAAGGUAGUGUUUUUUUUUUCUUUUUUUUUUUUUUUAGAUCAGACUAUGAUUUUUCCUACACUGCUUUUUUACUGUCUUUUUGAGACAGUGCAUUGGGCUGCAAAGAAUAGGGGGAGGUAUUAGGUUUUAUGGAGGUGGCUGGUUCCCAUCCUCCAUCUCUGCUAAACGUAUCCCAUAUGCAUUUUAUUUUCAGAAAAGAAAUUGUUAAAACUUCAUUUGCUUUAUACUAUUAAGACAAUCAAGAAAUUUAUGUUAUAGCCAUUACAGUGUAAUUACUGUGUAAAAAGAGCAAGCAGUUUCUUGUAGUGGAAAAUAUUUUAAAUCUGC